UUUUGUCGUGCGUGUCCUAUCGGCGAACGAGGGCGUUUUUGCGUCACAAGGGGCUCGGCCAACCAGCGAAGGCGGGAGGAGCGUAUUGUGGCCUGGUCUAGUCGGGGGCCUGAGUAGUGGAAUAAGGUCGCUGUACACGUGGAGGUGUAACCGGGUGAGAGCAGAGACAUAAUGACUGAACAGGAUGUUGAAAAUGAACUGUUGGAUUAUGAAGAAGAGGACGAGCCACAGCAAAGUGAGACGCCGGCACCCACCGCCAGAAAAGAGGUGAAAGGAUCCUACGUGUCUAUCCACAGUUCCGGUUUCAGAGACUUCUUGUUAAAACCCGAACUGCUCCGAGCCAUUGUGGACUGUGGCUUUGAACAUCCCUCUGAAGUGCAACAUGAAUGUAUACCUCAAGCCAUCCUCGGCAUGGACAUCUUGUGUCAGGCCAAAUCCGGUAUGGGGAAAACUGCGGUCUUUGUCCUGGCCACACUUCAACAGAUUGAGGCAGUGGAUGGCCAAGUAUCAGUUCUUGUAAUGUGCCACACGCGUGAACUCGCUUUCCAGAUCAGCAAAGAAUAUGAGAGAUUCUCAAAGUACAUGCCUAAUAUAAAGGUUUCUGUUUUCUUUGGUGGCCUUUCAAUUAAGAGAGAUGAGGAGACUAUCCAGAAAAGCUGUCCUCACAUCGUGGUGGGCACUCCUGGCCGUACCCUGGCGUUGGUCAGACAGAAGACUCUGAACUUGAAGCAUGUCAAACACUUUGUCCUGGAUGAGUGUGAUAAGAUGCUGGAGCAGUUAGACAUGCGCAGAGAUGUGCAGGAGAUUUUCCGUCUUACCCCUCAUGAGAAACAGUGCAUGAUGUUCAGUGCCACCCUCAGCAAGGAGAUCCGCCCAGUCUGCAGGAAGUUCAUGCAGGAUCCCAUGGAAGUGUUUGUGGAUGAUGAGACCAAGCUGACACUUCACGGUUUGCAGCAGUAUUAUGUCAAACUAAAGGACAGUGAGAAGAACCGGAAACUGUUUGACCUGUUGGAUGUGUUGGAGUUCAAUCAGGUGGUCAUCUUUGUAAAGUCCGUGCAGAGGUGUGUAGCACUGGCACAGCUCUUGGUGGAACAAAAUUUCCCAGCUAUCGCAAUCCACAGGGGAAUGCAACAAGAGGAGAGGCUUUCGAGAUAUCAGCAAUUUAAGGAUUUCCAGAGAAGAAUUCUUGUUGCCACUAAUCUUUUUGGCCGAGGAAUGGAUAUAGAAAGAGUUAAUAUAGUAUUCAACUAUGACAUGCCAGAGGACUCUGACACCUACCUGCAUCGGGUGGCUCGUGCUGGCAGAUUUGGCACCAAAGGUUUGGCCAUAACAUUUGUAUCUGACGAGGAAGAUGCCAAAAUCCUGAAUGAUGUCCAAGACAGAUUUGAAGUCAACGUGGGUGAAUUACCCGAUGAGAUAGACAUAUCAACUUACAUUGAACAGAGUCGAUAACGCUGCCCCCUGCUGUCCUGCUAGGAGUACGUCCUCAUCUCUGAUUUAGUUUCCGCUCUUGUCCGACUGCACACCAUGUGGGGAAUGUUUCGGUUUUACAAUAUCUGGGUUUUUUAUUGAGUUUGGUUUUGUGUAAAGAAGGGAAAGAAAUUAAACUUUUUUAUUGUUUA